UUCAUUUGGUUUGCAGAGAGCUGUAGCAUUGCAUGUUUUGUUUUACAAUCUGUAUACAUUGUAUUAUACACUGACUGUAGUAUUAGAUUAUAAUCUGUAUACAUUGUAUUAUACACCGACUGUAGUAUUAGAUUAUAUUCUGUAUAUAUUGCAUUAUACACUGACUGUAGUAUUAGAUUAUAUUCUGUAUAUAUUGCAUUAUACACUGACUGUAGUAUUAGAUUAUAUUCUGUAUAUAUUGUAUUAUACACUGACUGUAGUAUUAGAUUAUAUUCUGUAUAUAUUGCAUUAUACACUGACUGUAGUAUUAGAUUAUAUUCUGUAUACAUUGUAUUGUACACCGACUGUAGUAUUAGAUUAUAGUCUGUGUAUAUUGUAUUAUACACAGACUGUAGUAUUAGAUUAUAAUCUGUAUACAUUGUAUUAUACACUGACUGUAGUUGGAGAUUAUAAUCUGUGUAUCACUGUGUAGGCACCGCACAGAACCUCCCCCGACACAAUCCCGGGAACACAAUGCCGGACAUAGCGCACAAAUACCAGACUAACGAUGGCCGUGCAUGGAGAUGGAGCGAGCCAGGCCGCGGGCAUGCAUGGUAUGGAGGGCACAUGGAGUGGCAUGCUCAGGGAGAAAGAAACAGGCACUACACCUUCUUAGGCUUCAAUCCACGCUGCAUUGAGAAAGGGGAAGACAGGUUAGAGGUCUGAUAAUCUGUGGGGAGUAGUAGUACCCUGCAUGGAGAGAGAGGGGAAAUGUCAGACAGGUUAGAGGAGUAGUAGUUCCUUCCAAGGUAAGUAGACGCAAACAAGUAUUAGAGCGGAUAACACCCAGGUACCAACUUCAUCACAGAGCAUCAGCCGUACUACACCCACAUCCACCCCAAUAUGCAGACCACAGCCGUACUACACCGACCCCGAUAUGCAGACCACAGCCGUACUACACCGACCCCGAUAUGCAGACCACAGCCGUACUACACCGACCCCGAUAUGCAGACCACAGCCGUACUACACCGACCCCGAUAUGCAGACCACAGCCGUACUACACCGACCCCGAUAUGCAGACCACAGCCGUACUACACCGACCCCGAUAUCCAGACCACAGCCGUACUACACCGACCCCGAUAUCCAGACCACAGCCGUACUACACCGACCCCGAUAUCCAGACCACAGCCGUACUACACCGACCCCGAUAUGCAGACCACAGCCGUACUACACCGACCCCGAUAUGCAGACCACAGCCGUACUACACCGACCCCGAUAUCCAGACCACAGCCGUACUACACCGACCCCGAUAUCCAGACCACAGCCGUACUACACCGACCCCGAUAUCCAGACCACAGCCGUACUACACCGACCCCGAUAUGCAGACCACAGCCGUACUACACCGACCCCGAUAUGCAGACCACAGCCGUACUACACCGACCCCGAUAUGCAGACCACAGCCGUACUACACCGACCCCGAUAUCCAGACCACAGCCGUACUACACCGACCCCGAUAUGCAGACCACAGCCGUACUACACCGACCCCGAUAUGCAGACCACAGCCGUACUACACCGACCCCGAUAUGCAGACCACAGCCGUACUACACCGACCCCGAUAUGCAGACCACAGCCGUACUACACCGACCCCGAUAUCCAGACCACAGCCGUACUACACCGACCCCGAUAUCCAGACCACAGCCGUACUACACCGACCCCGAUAUCCAGACCACAGCCGUACUACACCGACCCCGAUAUCCAGACCACAGCCGUACUACACCGACCCCGAUAUCCAGACCACAGCCGUACUACACCGACCCCGAUAUCCAGACCACAGCCGUACUACACCGACCCCGAUAUCCAGACCACAGCCGUACUACACCGACCCCGAUAUCCAGACCACAGCCAUACUACACCCACAUCCACACCGAUAUUCAGCCAACAGCCAUACUACAUCCACCCCAAUAUCCAGACCACAGCCGUACUAAAACCACAUCCACCCCAAUAUCCAACCAACAGCUGUACUACACCCACAUCCACCCAGAUAUCCAGCCAACAGCCGUACUACAUCCACCCCAAUAUCCAGACCACAGCCGUACUACAACCACAUCCACCCCGAUAUCCAACUAACAGCUGUACUACACCCAAAUCCACCCCAAUAUCCAGACCACAGCCAUACUACAACCACAUCCACCCGGAUAUCCAACCAACAGCUGUACUACACCCACAUCCACCCCAAUAUCCAGACCACAGCCAUACUACAACCACAUCCACCCCGAUAUCCAACCAACAGCUGUACUACACCCACAUCCACCCCAAUAUCCAGACCACAGCCGUACUACAACCACAUCCACCCCGAUAUCCAACCAACAGCUGUACUACACCCACAUCCACCCAGAUAUCCACAAAACCACCAUACUACAACCACAUCCACCCCGAUACCCAGACUACAGCUGUACUACACCCACACUAAUAACGCCCUGGGUGGCACUGGCUAGGGUUAAUAAGUCAUGAAAAAAAAGCGGGUACAAAACACCCUGCACGACAUGAUAGUGAAUGUUGCGGAUGUGU